UCCCCACCGCCCAGCCAGCCACGUGGCGCGAUCCUACCCGCGCCGCAGCGUGGCGAGCACGAGUACGAACUCUCCCUCUCUCUCUCUCGCCGGGCCACACUCGUGCUGCAGUUCCCACUCCAGAAGCUGCCGAGAGGAGAGCCUGCGGAUUACACGCAUCUCGCUGCCGCCGCCCCCAUGGCCGAUCUCCGCCCGCCGGAGCCGGGCACGAACGGCGCCGGAGCCGGCGUUGUCGCCGCGCUUCCGGCCGUGGAUGCCGUCGCGGCCGCCGCCGCCGCCGCCGCCGCUGCCGCAGGGGGCGGGGGAGCGCAGCCGCCCUACUCCAAGCGCCGCCGCCGCCCCAGCGUCCGCCUCGGCGACAUCGACGCCCCGCCCCCGCGACGCAACCACAAGCCGUCCUCGUCGUCGCACCCGCGCCCGCCGCGCCGCGCGCACCCGGACGACCUCGACCCGCACUCGCACGGCCGCCGGGGGCCCAAGCCGCCGGCGCAGCGACGCCCGCGGACCGCGUGGAUUCCCGCCGCGCCCGCCUCGGCGGGGGCCGCCGAGGGCUACGACGACGACGAGGAGCGCUACUACGACGACGAGGACCAGUCCGACUCCGCGGCGGCCGCCACCGCCGCCGCCGCCGCCGCCGCCGCGAGAGCUAGGGUUUCGGGCAGCCGCGACGCCAGCGGAGACGAGUCGGACGGGGUGGCGGACUGGGGCCUCCCCAACGGCCGCCUCCCCUCAGCCAUGGGGUAUGGCGGCGUCAAGGCCUGGCUCGAUGGCUUGGGGCUUUCUCGGUACGCGCCGGUGUUUGAGAUCCAUGAGGUGGACGACGAGGUGCUGCCGCUGCUCACGCUGGACGACCUCAAGGACAUGGGCAUUGGGGCUGUUGGCUCCAGGAGGAAGAUGUAUGCCGCCAUCCUCAAGCUCCGGAGCGACAAUGCGUCCUGAGUUGCUACUGGUUAAGGCGUGGUGGGCAGCUGCAAGAAAGGUGCAAGGAAAUGAUAUGCUGAGGCAUUGAUACAUUGUAAGUUCAAAGAGUAGCAGAUGGAUCCUGAAAUCAUAGUUUUUUGGUCUUUUUGAAAUGUCAUCUCCAAAAUGUGAUGGUUAUCAAAUAUGAUAGUCUGGUACAUUUUGCCGUAAGUAUAAGUAUGUUAGGAUUAUUGAUUAGGAGUGGUUCUUGGCUUGUCACUUGUGUGGAUGAAAGAGGCUCUGGUAGAAGGGACUUAAGCCCAAGGUACCUUUAUGCCAUCUACCAAAACAACAUUUCCCAGAAAAAAACUCGAGAAAUAGAGAGUAUCCCAACAAACUGUAGUUAUUUUUUGGCCGGGGUGGAACUUUUUGCGGCACGUUGGGAGAUGAUGUGCCACACCCACGUCACUGGGCCGAUAACACUGCAAUGGAAAAUGAAGUGAAGAAUUUUGCCAUAAGCUCAAGCUGUAGACAAUUGCGUCUCCUUCAACACAAGUGCUCCUUGUCAAGGUAACUAGUGAUGUGUUUUGUAGUACUGCACCUGUGUUUUGCCUAA